GCUGCAAAAAUAUUACAAAUGUCUCUGUGCUGGUAAGAGUGCUCUUGGCGUGCGUCUGCACGAAGAAGACUACGGUAGCAUCGCACAAGGGGUGUAUGCAUAUACUGGAGAGAGAAGAUAGUUCUUCGUUUCAGUCAGUUUUAUCCGACUUCUGAAAUACAUAAUAUUUACACUGAAGGGGAGAGGAAGCAUGAGAGAAGUCUUCCAACAGGUCGAUCGAAAACAUGAACGGUGCUCUUUACAUUUCGUUUUUCCAAGGUCAACUUGAAUCUGCACUGGAACAGGUAGUGCAGCUGGCGGUUCAGGAAAUAACGAAGACCGUCGGGGCCAGCUUGAAUUUAAUGCUGCUGGAUGCGGCCACCAAAGAUCAAGAGAACCAGCGGCUGAGGUCGCAGCUUCAGUCGCGGGGGCAUGGGUGCGCGGCGAAGGGGAGCGUCAGCGACGCGUCCGGGGAAAGAGGCGACACGAACGCGGCAGACGAGGGAACAAAGCCCGAGCAACACACCCCGCGUCGGAGCACUGACUGCGGCUUGCAGACGGACUCCAUCAGGCUUGACCAGAAAAGGCGAGCAGUUGGUCAGCUGAAGGUCGUAAUGGAGCAGGUACUGGAGUUCGCCGUGUGCGAGCUGACCAGAAUAGUGGAGGACAGCUUUGACGACGUGCUUCUGGAGCUCGAUAAGACGGAGCGGGAGCAGAUGGAGCUGAUGGAGCAGAUCCAGGCUAUGGCAGAGGAGCAUGGCACGGUUUCUGCUGAGGCACAGGAGCUGGAAGGCAGGCCGGACUCUGCCAGCAGCUCGGAGGCGGCGACGCAGGAAUCCAACAGGGUGUACGACAGGACGACAGCCAAGGAGCGGGGCAAGGAGCAGGCUGGAGACAACAACGGUGAUGAGUUGAGGUCCCCAUCCAUGCUGCACCGGCUCCUCACACUCCCAUCCCAGCUGCUGGAGGGCGACGGUGAGUCUGCGGAUGGCUUGCCCAACCUCACCGAGCCAGAGGAGCCCUGCGCCACAGCCUCACCUGCUGCCGCCUCCGCCGUCACUCUCGAACAGAGCACACACCCCCUUCCCCGAGGGAAACUAAAUAACGAGGAUGAUGAGGAGGAAGAAGAAGAGGGGGAAGAUGACCCGAAGGCUCUUGGCACAUAUACAGACCAAUCCUCCAGGAGCAAAGGUGGGAGGAAGGUUCACGUGUGCAAAGAAUGUGGCAGGAAGUUUGGCCGAGUGCACCUGCUCAAGGCACACAGACAGGCACACAGAGAGACCACCACGCAGUGCCCACAGUGCGGGAAGAGCUUCUCCCAGCUGGCCAAGCUCCAGAGCCACCUACGGACACAUUCAGGCAAAACAACAUAAGGAUGGAUGGAUGACUGGAUGGCGGUAAGGAUGGCGGGGGAGGAUGGAGAAAUGAGAGGAAAGACGAGUGUGGAGAAGGGUCCAGUAACGGCUUCCCAGAAGAUUUUGUUUUAUGGUUCUGUGUUGAAGUCUUAGUCCAUUUAAGAUGAAAGUGACAGCAUGAGGAGCUUUUAGGUUUCUGGAAAAUGAAGCCCUGAACUUUGAGACUCAAGCCUACUGUUAAGUAGACGGUACAUAAAGAAAUGUAUACUAGGAAAGAGUUCAUGUUCUCUAUGCUUGAGUAUUUUUAUUUUUAUUUUAUUUUUUUUCAGUUGUGCUCUUCACUUUUUACCUCCAUUUUGUUCUUUUUUUCUGGAUGUUAUUGAGAAAAAACGAUGGACUUCACUUACUAUGUGGCAAGUAGUGAAACGGCAUUUCUCUAUUUUUGAACAUAGAAUGUGCUUGUAGAAAUUACUUUCUAAGAACUAGAACAUAAGGGCAUGUACAAGAAAUGGAAGCAAUUUUGAGACCAAUUUAUAUUUGAGUUAGAGUUGUGUGUAGCUGUGACAUUUCAUAAAACUGUACAGAUUUUGUAUAAGAACUUGAACUUCCAUGAACAGAGAUUUACGAUGGCAUCCUGUAAAAACGAACGUGACCAGUAGCUUGUCUGGAACGAUGCUAUAAGCAGUAACUAUUCUGCCUGUGCAGAUUGUUAAAUUUGGAAUAUAAACAGUGUGAGUUGAGGAGGACAACGCUGGAGUUGCCAGCUGCAAAGUUCCAGUUGCAUUUUUUUCUUUUUUCUUUUUCCAAAUGUGACUUCGUAACACACGAACCAGGGAUUUCUAAGCGCUUCUCUUGACGCUUAACUUUGUGGCUUUUACUGGUGGUCUUCAUUUACACAGGACUUGACACUAAAUACCUCCACAGAAAUAGACUCAUUGUAUCACACGAAGAGGAUCAAAAUGGCACGUCUCCACAUGAAGAAUUUCAGCAUUGUAAAAUUAUCAUUAUGCUGAUGACGAGGAUCAGCACAAACUAAUGGCAGAACUGGUAUUCACAUAUCUGUGUACUAUAUACUGCAGAACUUUGAUAGAGGGAGAAAAUAUAAUCUCAUUAUAAACUUCUUGACAGUGGCAAUCAAGUUCUCUGACCUGAGAGAAAUGUAUCAGGAUGUUGAUGCAGAACUCUCAACAAACAGAUUCUGGAACAUGACAAGGAAUGCAAGUUAGAAAGUUAAAAGUACUUUACAUUGCUGAGGGGGUUUCUUCCUGCCUUUCCAUAGAUGUCUAGGAGGCAUGCACUCUCGACAGAUUCCUCUGGCAAUGUUCUGAACUAGCAUUGUGUCUUCCUAUUGAGAUAGUUGAGAUUGUGGAUAUUAUUUGAGUGAAUAAUGUAAAUGUAUCUUCAACUCACAGCAGUGAUUUUUCUAGCAACUCUGAAAACUUACAUGUAGAUGUCACAAUGUUGGUUGAAUCCACUUUCAACAUGGAGUUCUGUUCAAUUAAGCUUUCCCCUCCACACACAGGCUACAGCCUCCAGUGUGAAAUGCUCACCCCAGGGGGUACCACUCAGGUCCUGGGGAGCCCAGGCAUUUAUUGGUUACCCUGCUCUAACAAACAUUUGAAUAUGAUAAAAGCUGGAUAAUUUGCCCAUAGAAUCAGGUGUGAUGAAUUUGAUAGAAGACUGAGCAGCAUGUCUGGGGCACUUCAAAAUCAUAGACCAAAACUGAUUGAGCCUGUGGAUCAAAGAUGGGUAGCCCAUGAUGCCCUGGUUCACAGCAAACCGAAUGAACAUUCCUGUUUGGACAUGCGUGUGGUUUUUUAAGACAUUUAAACAAUGGAUAGUGUUAAAGCGCAAAGUAUUCCUCACAUUACUUACUUCAAUACCUCAUCACCAGAAUUAUGAUUUGUGUGACUGCUAGAAUAAUAACAAAAAGAAGCCACUGGUCAAAAAGGAAAAAAAACAAAAAAAACAAAAUGCAUUGUAACUUGUGUCUUAAACAAGUUAUGAAUUAAUGGAUUGGAAUGCCUGCAGUUAUGAAAUGCCUAAACUAUUUUCUUGUGUUCAUGUAACAGUGGAAAAGUUACAGAUUAUGAUAAAGUUUAAAUGCUUUAUUUAUCUUAAAUUAAUUAGUGAAAAGGCCCCAUGAGAAUGCCUUCCAAAGAUGGGAAAUAAUGGAAGCAUUAGGAAUAUAGUUCUUCCUAACUUGUCAGUUCUUGGCACACUGGCACAAAUUAGUCCUGAAAUCAUGAAUCUGAUCUUCAUGGAGCAGCUUUAUAUAACUUGUGUAGUGUUAUGGCAAAUUUAUUAAAUAUGGCCAUAACCAAAACAGAAUCCAAACUGAGAAAUAGUUGGAAAUGGCAAUUUUCAGUAAUACACUUAAAAAAGUGGCCAGUGUCUGGAGUGGUUCCCUUAAGUUUGUUUUCUGCUUUUUAUAGUGGCUUGUAAUUUAAUGCUUAGCAUGUUUUCAUGGUUUCAUAUUUUGUUCUAAACAUGAGGAAAGCCAUUCUUGCUUUUUUAUUUAUAUACAUUUCUCUAAUAAUCAAAAAAAUCAUACUGUAAUUUAAUUUCUCUUGAUUACCCAGCACCCCUGAACAAAACCUACCUAAUCUGUACAGCUGAAACAGAACCAUAAUUGUAAUCAUGUUUUUAGCCACACUUGACAUUGUUUCAGCAUGUUGCUGCCUUACUGUGCUCAUGUUGACACAGUCUGACUACUGUUGUAAGUCCUGAGUGCUGCUCACUUCUUUAAGAGGUUUAGUUCCUUGAUCUGCUGUAUUCUGAUGAUGAAAAUUAUGGCAGUGCUUAUGAGACUACGGUUAAAGGUGCCGUAUGUGCAACCAUAACUACAGUCAAUUUUGGACUUUUCUGGUUGUCAUGUUUUCCACAGUGCAUCAGAUAAUUGUAUGCUUUUAUGUCCUCAAAAUUUGAAUUAAAAGUUGAAAAUUACAGCAGUGCUUAUGAGAACACAAUUAAAGGUGCAGUCCGUGCAACCAUAACUGCAGUCGGUUUUGGACUUUUCUGGUUGUCAUACAUUCUCCACAGUGCAUCAAAUAAUUGUAUGCUUUUAUAUCCUCUACUUGUUUAUUAAAAGUUGAUUUUAAUUUGCCACUAUGGGAAGGUCAGUUAUUCUAGCUAUAAGUUGCCAUUAAUGGAGCCAGAAUUUUAAGGUAUAUCUCCUUACAUUUUCCAUGUUUCAUAUUUUUUUCUCUUGAAUCUUUUUUGAUUUCUUUUAAAACAAAUAUUUAAAGGCACAGGUCUGAAGUAAAUAUUAAUCCAUGUCUCAGAUUCUAACAAUGAUCAUCUUCCAUAACAUGUACCAUGCACUGUCUCACCUUGGAUCAGGUAGUCCAGUCCUUAGAUUGCAAUAUACCCAAGACCAAACUGCAAUAUAGAGACAUUCUGGAAUGUUCUAAAUUACUGUAAUGAUUGGGUCUAUUUCUCCCUCUAUACACAGUUUUGUAGCAUGAAUUUGUAGUGGAAAGAUCUCUGAAUUUUCUCUAGACGUGCAUUAUGUUUUUUGUUUGUUUGUUUUUUUUAACCUUUGGGUUAAUCCAUCUUUCAGUCAGAGGAGAGUGUUAUUUCUUUUUUUAAGAAUAUCUGUACUUUUAAUGCAGAUGUCCUCUGCAUACUUGACAUAACUGGUCAACAUGCACCAUAACACACACAUGGCCUUUUGUGGUUUUUCUUCUUUUCUUGUGUAUGUCUGUAUGAUGCUUAGUUUCUUAUAAAGCUCUUAGAAAAUCUUGGUCCAGAAUCGGGGAACAUUUGAUGAAAGCUUGCGAUUAUGUUUGUAGUGCUCUCAGUUGACCAGUGUACUUGUGUUCUUGUUUGUACCAUGAUGCAGGACAUGCUUGUGGGUGUGGUGUUCGGAUUGGGACUUUAGCAGUCAAAAUGUAACCUAUGGAUUUGGCCUGGCUGAGGCAUUUUCUGCGUGACCAACAUGUACCAAAUUGUGGGUGCUGUUUCUCCCCAUCUUAAAACCAUUUUGCACUUUUUUUCCCCAUUUCACACAGCCAUACCUCAGCAUCAUCAAAUGAUGGGAAAGCAUGAAUGUCAUUAUACAGGUGGCUCAGUUUAAUACCUCAAAAAUGAUAUAUUUUUGCAUGGAUUUCUUGGAUUUUAAUUGUGUAUUCUAUAUUUUACAAAACAUUGGACUAGGCACAUGCAUGGAGCUGUUGGGAAGAAAAUUAUGCACAGGGUUGGAACACUGAAUGAAAAUGGGUAUUCCAUUAUUUUGACUUUCUGAGCUCUUCGGUGCAUUUUUAUUUGAUCUCUAUUUUUUUUAGGCGUGGUGUAAUUUUAGUCAGGACUAUGCUGCCUGUGUGCUCUUCCUCCUGGCUUCCUGCAGCUGCUCUAAAUCAGAAGUUCUAAUCUGACACCAGCAAUAUCAUGCCAUUCAGGCAUUAAGCAGUUGAAUUAUGGCUGGAAAGGACUUUAAAUUUAAAUAUAACCCUUUAUUGGUACAUUAAUUACUUCUAGGAAGCUAAACGACAAAAAAUAAUUUAACUGCAGGAACACAUCAGAAGGGUUUUUAAUCAGCCGUGGGUGAGUAGUUUAGCAUAUUGAGGUUGAAAAAUGGAGUUUUAAAGUUGAGAUUUUCAGCAUCAUUUUAGAUGCCAAUAUUUUUGCUCAACUUGCCUUCUAAAACAGUACAUUUUCAUGGCAAAAUAAUUGAAUAUUGGCAGAGGCCAUCAAUAUUAGAAAGACCCGUGACAAGUCAAGGACAUUGUUGUGCACAGAUGUUUUUAUUCUUUUGUAAUGUCAUAUACUGAGUGCUAUACAGAUCUUUUAUCAAUUUUCACUGAACAUUCCACAACAUAUACCAAUGUAAAGGUUAUACAGUAUAUUACUAUUCUUAUACAGUUUAAGUAUAGUAUUUAAUUUUGGACGUUUUGGAAUACAAAUUCAUAUGGUGGAAACAUGCCAGAGCACUUUAGCAUUCUAAUUUUAUGAUAAAUAUGAAAGGAAAAAAAAAUUUCUCUAUGAUUCCAUAUCAUAUAUUAUGCAGUUCUGGGGAUGUUCCUUUAAACAAUGCGACUAAAGGGAAAUAUCUUCCUUUUAACUUUGCACAAAACAAGAAUUAAGGCUUGAAAUAUUUGGAGAAAUGUAGUUCACAAUGAUGUGCAUGCCUGUUUUUUAAAUUAUAGAAAGUUUUGAAUGGAAGCAGACUAUCCAUCUAAUCAUAGCUUACUUCCCUUAAAUUUGAUCAUUUGUCUCUCUUGCUUUAUGCUUAGAGAAGAAAAUACUUUUUAAUACUUAAAAAAUGGAAAAACUGAAUUGUGCCAUGUGUAUUUUUUGCGAUGAAAUCAGAGCUUGCUAUACCCUUGGUAAUCUCCCCUUGAAUGAAAGAAUGCCACCCCCCAUCAACAGGUAGCACAUGCAUCCAAAAUGUCAUCCUGGACAUCAUGCAUGCAACUAUUAGAUAGUGAUGCCCAUUUCACCCUUUGUAACAUUUCAUACAUGUUUGACAUGAAGCUGAGUAGUUACUGUGUGGAAGAAAAUAAAUUGGCAUAUGAGUUCA